AUGAAAUAAAAAGGAGAUUAAAUAAAAAACAUUUUGAAAAGUAUAGUUGGAAAAUCUAUUUUAAUUGCAAAUAUCUCAUAAGGGUUAUGGUGGAUAUUUUUAUCUCUUUAUAUGUUUGAUCAACCUAAUUAUGAAGCUCUCUCUUUAUAAAUAUCAUGCACAAUUUUGAGAAUUUUAUAGUAGAUAAUAAUUGAAUAACGAUUUGAAAAAUAAACGAUUUUACAUUUAGUCUCACUCUUUUAUUCUGUACUGUAUAUAGAAACUUUUUUAUUUUUAAAAUACAAUAAUCCAUUAGGCACAUAUGCAAAUUGUUUACUAUUUAUUAUAACUUAUAAACAAUAUUUGGCAAUAUCUGAUGAUAAAUCAAAAAGAAUAUGCAAAAUAGGAUUUCCAUGUUAUAUUAUAUUUAGAAAUAUCAUCUUAAUAUUUACUGAGUUUAAUUUUUAUCUAAUAGAAAGUCUAAUAAUAUGUUUGGUUAUUUUUCUUUCAUUAGCAUAUAAUGAUGAAUCAUUUAACUUUUCAUGUUUAUGUAGGAAAAAGUUUAAAAAUAUAUUAAUCGAAUAAUAAUAAAUUUAAAAAAUAGAAGAGCAUGAAUCACCUAAUCAUUUAUAAUUAAAUUAAUCCUUAAUUAAAUCUUUUAGUCGAAUGUCAAUAGGAUAAACACCACUUAAAAGUCAAAGUAUUUUUUUAAAGGAAAUGACAUAUGAAUCAAAGUUGAUUUAAUUAUCAAAUUUAGGAUAAACUUAAAAAUUAUAAAAAACCUAAUUUUUGGGUAAUAAAGGUUCAGAAAUAUAAUUCCAUUAAUUUUAUCAAAAUUUAAUAAAUUCUUUUCCUUAAGGAGUAUUAAUACUAAAUUAAAAUUAAUAAGUAAGUUAUUAUAAUAAUAAAUGUGAGAAAUUGCUAGAAUGUUCAGGAUCAGAAUAAAUAGUUGAUAAAAUAAGAUAAUGUUUAAAUAGUGCUAAAAUGCCUGAAAAUGAUAAUGAAAUUACAAAUCUUUUAAGAACACCAAGACAUAAUAAAUAAUUAAAUCAAUAUGCUUUAUUUAGAAUAGUGAAAGAAUUAUAAAAGGAAAGUUUAUAAAUUGAUAUUUUAGAUAUAAUUCUUUAACCUUAAAAAUACUUAUAAUUUUUAGAGUAGAGAUUAGAUUAAUUGGGUAGUUAAGAUGAUUCUAGAACAGAUCAAUUAACAUGUUAAUAAUAAAUGUUUAUCUAUGAAUGGUUAUUUGAAUCUAAUUAAAGUAGAAAAAUUAAAUAAAAGAAACUUAAAGUUAUUUUAAUUCCAACUUUUUUGACUGGAAACUAAUAAGAAUACAUAUCUAUGCCUUCUCACAACAAAUUUCCAAGUAAACUUAAUAUCUAACUUUAAAAUGACAUAGAAAUGCCUGUAUUAUUAAUAAUGAUUAAAAAUAUUACAAGUAAACAUUAAUUCAAAUAAAUGAAGAAUGAAUAAAUAAUACAUCAUAGUUUAAUAAAAUCUUUUUCACAUGAAUUACGAACUCCUUUAAAUAGUUGUUAACAAAUGUUAAGUUUAAUAAAAAGUUAAUCUGUUGAAAUGAAGAUUUAAAAUUACAUAGAUAUUGCACAAUGUUCAAUUUCUCUUUUAAUUCAUUAAAUUAAUGAUAUUUUAGAUUAUGCUGCAAUUCAAUCAUUUUAAUUUCAACAUCGUAUUACACCGUUUACUUUUGGAAAUAUUGCAUAAGAGUUAUAUAAUCUAUAUAAAAUACAAAUGAUUUAAAAACAUAUUGAUUUUACAAUUAAAAUCUAACCAAAUUUAAGUGAUGCUACAAUUUUUAAUGAUCAAUAAAGAAUAUUAUAAAUAUUGGUAAAUCUUUUGAAUAAUGCAAGUAAAUAUACAAAAGAGGGAGGUUAUGUAAAAUUAAGCAUAAAAUAGAAAAGCCUUUUUUAAAUAAAUAUUAAAGUUAAAGAUAAUGGUAUAGGAAUAGAAGAUGACAAAUUAACAUUAAUUUAAAAUAGUUUAAUUGGUAACGUUGAAUUAGGUGCUAGAUUAAAAACAUAAUAAGUUACCUAAAAGGCUGGAUUAGGAUUAAAUAUUGCUGCAAAAAUAGUAGAAGGAUUAACUGAAUCAAAAAAUAAUUAAUUGAUAAUAAGUUCAAUUUAAAAUAAAGGAACUAUCGUACAAUUUUAAAUUUAAAAUUUCUUGCAAACUUAAAAUGAUUAAUAAUAAUCCUCAAAUUUAUUAUCUCAAUUAACAGGUAGAUUUAAUUAAUCUGGAUUGUAAUAAACCUUAAGUGAAAGAAAAUUUGAUGAAAGAAUACCAAAAAAGUUAAGUAUUUCAAAUUCAAAGAUGGACUAUGAAAUGUAGCUUCCAGAUAAUUUCUUAUAAGAUUCAGAAUCAUCUUUAGAAACUCCUUAGUUAAAUGAUUCCAAUAAAUAAAAAUAAAUAGAAUUACCUAUCAGUCCAGAAUAUUUUUCACAUAAAAUAAUUGAAUCUUGUUAAACUAUUGUAAAUUAAGAAUUAUUUUCUUUUAAAAAGAACCUUCAUCUAUGUUAAGAUUGUAAAAGUGUAUUAAUUGUAGAUGAUAUUCCAUUUAAUUAGAUUACAUUGAAAUUAAUGCUAUAAAAUUAUUAAAUUGAUUCUGAUUAAGCAUUUGAUGGAUUUCAAGCUAUAGAAAAAGUUAAAUCAAAAAUGGUAGAACACUGUAGUGCAUAUAAAUUGAUUUUUAUGGAUAUUGAAAUGCCAGGUAUAAAUGGAUUCCAAACGAGUAAAAAAGUAUUGAAUUUUCUUAUCUUAGAUUUUAGAAAUCACAGGUAAAUAAACUUUCAUUGUAAUUUGUUCUGCCUACGAUACUCAAGAGAAUUUCAUUGAAGGAUAAAAGAUAGGAGUUAAUUCAUUCCUACCAAAGCCUGUUAAUUAAAAAGAAUUAGAGGUAAUUUUACGAAGGAUUUUCCCUUAGAAAAAAGGGUUGUGUUGA